CCGCCCCCGUGAAAGACUGCCGGGCGCAUGCGGCCGGGCGGGCUCACUGGCCGCCGGGGCUUGCUGCGCGCGUCGCCCGCUCCGCUGCGUAGCCGACGGCAGGAUUUGGAGCCGGCCUCAGGUCAAAAAGAAAAAUGAAGUACAUUCUAGUUACCGGUGGGGUUAUAUCAGGAAUUGGAAAAGGAAUCAUCGCCAGCAGUGUGGGCACAAUUCUGAAGUCAUGUGGUUUACAUGUAACUUCAAUUAAGAUUGACCCAUACAUCAACAUUGAUGCGGGAACAUUCUCUCCUUAUGAGCAUGGCGAGGUUUUUGUGCUGGACGACGGUGGGGAAGUGGACCUUGACCUGGGUAACUAUGAGCGGUUCCUUGACAUCCGCCUCACCAAGGACAACAACCUGACCACCGGAAAGAUCUACCAGUACGUCAUUAACAAGGAGCGCAAAGGGGAUUACUUGGGGAAAACUGUCCAAGUGGUCCCUCACAUCACAGAUGCCAUCCAGGAGUGGGUAAUGAGACAAGCGUUAAUCCCUGUGGACGAAGAUGGCCUGGAACCUCAAGUGUGUGUCAUUGAGCUCGGCGGGACGGUGGGAGAUAUAGAAAGCAUGCCCUUCAUCGAGGCCUUCCGCCAGUUCCAGUUCAAGGUCAAGAGAGAGAACUUCUGCAAUAUUCACGUCAGUCUGGUUCCUCAGCCAAGUUCAACGGGGGAACAGAAGACUAAACCCACCCAGAACAGUGUUCGGGAACUCAGAGGCCUUGGGCUUUCCCCCGAUCUGGUCGUGUGCAGGUGUUCAAAUCCUCUCGACACGGCAGUGAAGGAGAAAAUAUCGAUGUUCUGCCACGUUGAACCUGAACAAGUGAUCUGUGUCCACGAUGUCUCGUCCAUAUACCGAGUCCCCUUGUUAUUGGAGGAGCAGGGCGUUGUCGAUUAUUUUCUUCGAAGACUUGACCUUCCUAUUGAGAGGCAGCCCCGAAAAAUGCUGAUGAAGUGGAAGGAGAUGGCUGACAGGUAUGAUCGCUUGCUGGAGACCUGCUCAAUUGCCCUGGUGGGCAAAUACACCAAGUUCUCAGACUCCUAUGCCUCUGUCAUUAAGGCUCUGGAGCAUUCUGCGCUGGCCAUCAACCACAAACUGGAGAUCAAGUACAUCGAUUCCACAGACCUGGAGCCGAGCACCUUGCAGGAGGAGCCGGUCCGCUACCACGAGGCCUGGCAGAAGCUCUGCAGCGCUCAUGGAGUGCUGGUGCCGGGCGGAUUUGGUGUUCGAGGGACGGAGGGAAAAAUCCAAGCGAUCGCCUGGGCUCGGAAACAGAAGAAGCCUUUUUUGGGUGUGUGCCUGGGAAUGCAGUUGGCGGUGGUGGAAUUUUCAAGAAAUGUGCUGGGAUGGCAAGAUGCCAAUUCCACUGAGUUCGAUCCUGAGACCACUCAUCCCGUGGUCAUAGACAUGCCGGAACACAAUCCUGGGCAGAUGGGCGGAACCAUGAGGCUGGGCAAGAGGAGAACCCUGUUCCAGACCAAGAACUCGGUCAUGAGGAAGCUCUACGGGGACCCCGAUUACUUGGAGGAGAGGCACCGGCACAGAUUCGAGGUGAAUCCAGUCUUGAAAAAGUGUUUGGAAGAUCAAGGCUUGAAGUUCGUUGGCCAAGAUGUAGGAGGAGAGAGAAUGGAAAUCGUGGAGUUGGAAGAUCAUCCCUUUUUUGUUGGAGUUCAGUACCACCCUGAGUUCCUGUCCAGACCGAUCAAGCCUUCCCCACCGUACUUCGGCCUCCUCCUGGCCUCGGUGGGGCGGCUCCCGCAUUACCUCCAGAAAGGCUGCCGGCUCUCCCCGAGGGACACCUACAGUGACAGAAGUGGGAGCAGCUCCCCGGACUCUGAGAUCACUGAAUUGAAGUUUCCAUCAGUAAAUCAUGACUGAUGGCAACGGGUGCUUCUUCAAGACAGCCUUCGGACUGAGAGAAUUGACAGCUUUGACUUUACACUCAGCUUUGACACUUCCUUUAAAUUAUGUUUUUUUAAGAUGAUUUUAUUAUGGGGAAAGGUAUUUGGAACACGUUGUGCCCUGCAUGUCCCCUCACGUGUAUCGGCUCCUACACGGUGCGCUGCCUGGCAUCCGACUCUCUCCUUUGCCGCCCUGGAGCUUCUCAGCCGAGAAGCAGCACGUCUGGGCGGGAGCGGAGGCCGGGGGCUGGCGGAGGGCCAUCCCUCACCUUGUUCUCCAGCUACCUCACGUCACUGUGGAUUUGAGCGUGGAGCCCAUCGCUCCCCCUGGGAUGCCCAGACCAUCAGAAAGAGCCCCAUGGACUGCGUGGGCACAGAGGGUCAUUUAACUCAUGCUUACAACACUUGGUGCUGGUAACCUGAGGGCACUGCUUGCCACUAGGAGCAGUGGAACCAGAAACAAAGUCUCGGCCCUGCCCUGUGGAGACUCGGUGCCAGCUGUGGCUGGUCCUUGUCCAAAGGGACAGUCAGUUUGUGUCACACGAAAUGGCAAGAAGUCUGUCUCUCUCUGAAGUGUGAUUUUAGACUCCCUGUCCUCGCUGUGCUUCUCUUCCCGGGCUGGGAAACACUCCUUGCAUCAAGGGGUCGCUUAAAAAAGAACAAAGACUCUUUUGGGGAAGCUGCCUCUAAAACCCUCUCAUACGUAGACAGCUUUGCUCGAGGGGACUUUUCCUUCCAGAACGGUGUUACUGCAGUUGAAAUGCAUUAUGAAAGCUAUUUUCCUAAUGUGAUGUACUGAUGGGCACGGCUGUGUGCCCACUAUAUUCUGGCUGGACUCCGUGUAUACUCUAACUUAAGAAAUAAAUAAAGCAGACACACUGUAUAA